AGCAGCACCCCCGGCCGCCAGCAUGCCCGGGCUGCCCGCACAGGGCGGCGCCGGCGCCGGCGCCGGCGCGCGGAGGGAGCGCGGGCCGCCGCGGAGGCGCGCGGAGGGCGCCCCUGAGCUCACAGAGGGGCCCCGCGGUGCAUUGUGCUGCGUUGUGCUGCGCGGUGUUGCGUUGUGCUGCGGGGCAGUGCGCUGCUUUGCGCUGCGGUGCGGUGCUUUGCGCUGCGGUGCAGUGCAGUGCGGUGCAGUGCGGUGCGGUGCUUUCCGCUGCGGUGCGGUGCUUUCCGCUGCGGUGCGUUGUGCCGCGCCGCGCCCCGCAGACGCCGCUCCGCGCGCGCGUUGCUCGAGGGCGCCGGCGGGGGGCGGCUGCUGGCGACGGGCAGCAUGGUGCGAGCGCGGGGGGCGUCCGGCCCCGGGCGUCGCCUGCUGCUGCUGCUCGGCCUCCUGGCGGCCCUGCGUGCCCGGGACAGCCGGGCUGCUCCGCGGGCAGCGCCGGGCCCAGGCAGUGGUCUUCCAGCUUCUCAGCUGAAUCUGGUUGUUGAGCAUCAGGGGGAUGCCAGGGACGAGGCUGUGGUUAAUGGUUAUUCCGGUUCUCACCUGGAUCCCGUUGCUGAGGCUUGGGGUCUUCCCAGGGGUGGUCCAAGAGUUGUUGAGCCUCGCAGGGAUGCCAGGGGCGAUGGUUACCGAACUUUUCAGCGGUAUCCAGUUCUCGUGCCUCGCAAGGAUCCCCGGGCUGUGGCCGUAGGGGAUGGAGAUCCCUCUUCUGCUCUGGAGCCUGGCCUGGAGACUCCGAGACAUCAUGGAGGUGUUCCUAUAGGCAGCGGCCUCCCAGCUUCUCAUCUGGAUGCCAUUGUUGUGCCUCAGGGGCAUGCCAGGGUGCUUCCAAGCAUGUCACAGCCUGGAGAAGCCCCCCGCGGCAGGAAAUACGCCUUUUUUCCAACGCGCCAAGGCCUUGCUGGUGACAAAGAUGCCGAGGCUGCAGCUCAUAAAGGCCGACAAAAGCAGUGUUUGGUCUUCACUGCAGCAGUCUCGGGUUCGUUGCUGUUUGGGGUACUGCUGACCUGUAAAGUCAUUUCCCUGCUGAGGAAUGGAAAACAAGAAGCGGUACCAGCUAAUCUUGCCGCUGCCUCCGACAGACAAGAGCCCAGUAUGGAGGAAGGAAGAGCAAAGCCCGGAAGCAAAAGAAAAAAGGAUGAGUUUACUAUAGAAAAUGAAAAUCUCAACAACAGCUCCAGUCAACUUCCGAUGCCUGUUCCAAACAGAAUAAUAAAAUACGUGUACAUAUUCCGAAGAGAAUAAAAAACCUGUUGGGCUAAAAUGUUGCAA